GUCGUUACAUCUGCUAUGAUGUGUGGCAGUGCGGAAAGUGCGAGCUUAUGAAGCAUUGAUUCUGGAUAAAAUAACUUUGCAGUGUGUGUCUACUGCCCAGUUAACACCGACAUGCGCGGCUUUGGUUCCUCAACGCCGGAUUGUAAAUUGCAACAGUGCAAGAUAUGAGAUAAGUUGUGUAAAUAGCUCGAGUUGUACGAUAAAACGAAUGAGUGUGGAGGCGUGGAUUGUACCUGGUGGUUAUAACGUCUUAAGAUUGGACUGAGUGCAGACAUCGCAAGCAGACAGACCUCGCGCCGGUGACCCCAACCGCAGCAGCCAUGGCUCAAGUGCACGGGCUGGCGUACCUGCAGCAGAGGAAGCUAGCAACCUUGCUGGGAAUCCCACACUCAUCUCUGCGCAGGCUCUACCAGGGCAGCGUGGAUGGGUUCACUGCCAGCGCUUUCCACGCCAAGUGCAACGGCCAAGGCCCCACCGUCACGGUCGCCUACAACUCCAAAGGCUUUAUAUUCGGCGGCUACUGCUCCGAGUCUUUAACAUCGCGGGGAAGUUACAUUGAUGACAAACUCGCUUGCUUGUUUCGCUUGGAGGAACCAGACAACUCGGCCACAUUCGUUGCUAAAAUCAAAUCAUCCAGCAGUGCAUUCUAUGACGCCUCAUCAUAUGGGCCCACUUUCGGUGGUGGUCAUGACAUGCAUUUUCUGCCCACUGAUGGCUCAAGUAAACUUACUUUCACCGCCAAUAUAGGCAGUUCUUAUGACGCAACCAAUGAGAACAUAUUCGGCACUGAUAAAACCCUACAAGAGCUGGAGGUCUACAUCUUAGAAGAAAUGAAGCUCUUGCCGGACCCAUGGCGCAGCGUUGAAUGGACAAUCGAGACGCGAGAGCAUUUGUUGAAAGACAUUCGUGGGUACGUGCCAGUCGACUGUGAGACUCACCCACGCAUACUGCUGCUGGGCCACGUGGGCUCGGGGAAGUCGAGCUUCGUAAACUCCAUCGAUGCGGUCUUCUCUGGACAUGUGUCGAGUCGCGCCAUCGCGGGGACCCGGGAAAAGGAGUCCAGCUUCACCACCGUGUUUCGCAGUUACAAAUUGAGAAAGAAGAGUGGACGCAAGUUCUUCCCUAUUCAUCUCUGCGACACCAUGGGCAUCGACAAGGAUCUUGGGGAUGGCAUAAACCCAGAGGACAUCGUAAGCGUGCUCCAAGGAAACGUGCCAAAUUCCUACCAGUUUAAUCCACUGGCACCCAUUAAACCCAGCCACCCCGCCUACGUGAAGAACCCGGCACUGUCGGCACGGACGCACUGCCUGGUGCUGGUGGUCGACGCUUGUAAGAUGUCCCCGAUGCCUGAGGGGCUGCUGGGCAAACUGCAGGACGCGCGCAACAAAGCCCAUAACCUGGGCGUUCCUCACGUCGUGCUUCUGACCAAAGUGGAUGAAGCCUGCCCUCUGGUGGAGAGUAACGUAAACAACAUUUACCUGAGUUGGUUCAUCAAGGAAAAGGUGUACGAGAUCGCCACGCGUCUGGGCAUGCCCGUGUCGUCCGUGUUGCCCGUGAAGAACUACGCUGUGCAGGUUCAGCCAGACGCCUCCUCCGACCUCUUGCUGAUCAUGGCUCUACACCAGAUGCUGCGCUUUGCAGAUGAUUACCUGCUGGACCAGGUCUUGUCUGACUCCAAUGAAACGGAGUGAUGCUCGCAGCACAAAUACAAUCUGUGUGCGUUGUGCCGGUACAGCAGGGCCAUAGACUUGCCCUGCUUUAUGCAGGCUAAAUUCAUAAUACAGAUCUUUUUUUUGGGUGGAUAAUAAUUUCGCAAUAUAUAAACCUUUAAAAAUAUAUUAUCAGAUGCUACUUAUGACACAUGUGUGGUGUUCCAGGCCCAGUGAAUGCUUCUAAUUAGCAAUAGCAUUUAUUGAUUUAGACAUUUUUUAUUAAGAAUGUCAAUGGGGGAUUACUUGAUUACUGGGACUCAGGUUGUGUGUGCGUUUGAUAUUCUUCGUGUUCGUGACCACAAUUCCAAGUUCUCACAAUCCAUAUUAGGCAUGUUUUCCGCUGAUAUUGCUCUUACAAUCGCAAAAUCAAUGUAAAGGUAAUUUUGCGGUGAAAAACAAAUUGCUGCAGAAUGAUUUGUGUGUUAUAAUCUGUAAAAGUUUAUUAUGUUUCCAAAUAAAAGUGAUGUUGAUUUAAACUAA